AUGCACGAUGUUUCGCAAGGCCGUGCGCCCGCCGUGACCGUCGAGGCCGCCCGCCUGGUCUACGGCGACGUGCCGCUGUUCGACGACCUGCACCUGGAGCUGCCGCCGGGCGAGAUCACCGCCCUGCUCGGCCCCUCCGGCGUCGGCAAGUCCAGCCUGCUGCGCCUGCUCGCCGGCUUGGAGGCGGCGGCGGAGGGCGUCGUGCACGACGGCGCGGGCCGGCCGCUGGCCGGGCGCGUGGCCUACAUGGCGCAGCAGGACCUGCUGAUGCCCUGGCUCGACCUGGUCAGCAACGUGGUGGUGGGCGACCGACUGCGCCGCCGCCGGCCCGACCGGGACAGGGCCGAGACGCUGCUGCGCGAGCUGGGACUCGGCGCGUGGCUGGGCGCCCGCCCGGCGGCGCUGUCCGGCGGCAUGCGCCAGCGCGUGGCGCUGGCGCGCACCCUCUACGAGGACCGUCCCGUGGUGCUGAUGGACGAGCCCUUCAGCGCGCUCGACGCCAUCACCCGCCACGAGCUGCAGGCGCUGGCGGCGGCGCGACUGGCCGGGCGCACGGUGCUGCUGGUGACCCACGACCCGCUGGAGGCGCUGCGCCUGGGGCACAGCCUGCUGGUGAUGGCGGGGCGGCCGGUGCGGCUCGACCCGCCGCUGCGGCCGGCGGGCCUGCCGCCGCGCGACCCGAGCGAUCCCGCGCUGCUCGGCCGCCACGGCGAGCUGCUCGACCGCCUCGGCCGGCUCGGCGUCUGGCUGAGCGGCGUGCCCGCCUACCUGCUGCCGCCGCCCUCGCGGGUCGCCGGCGUGCUGGCGACCCGCUGGCCGGACCUGCUGGCCAAUGCCGGGGUGACCGGGGCGGAGAUCCUGCUGGGCCUGCUGCUGGGCACGGCCCUCGGCUGCCUGUCCGCCCUGUCGCUGGCCCUGGCGCCGCGGCUGCGGCGCUGGCUGCUGCCGCUGCUGGUGGUCAGCCAGGCGAUCCCGGUCUUCGCCAUCGCGCCCCUGCUGGUGCUCUGGUUCGGCUACGGCCUCGGGCCGAAGAUCGCCAUGGCGACGCUGAUCAUCUACUUCCCGGUCACGGCGGCCUUCUACGACGGGCUGCGGCGGACCGAGCCGGGCUGGCUCGACCUGGCGCGCAGCAUGGGCGGCAGCCGCCUGUCGGUGCUGCUGCGCGUGCGUCUGCCGGCGGCCCUGCCGGCCCUCACCUCCGGCCUGCGGGUGGCCGCGGCGACCGCGCCGAUCGGCGCGGUGGUCGGCGAGUGGGUCGGCUCCGGCGCCGGACUCGGGCGCAUGAUGCUGGACGCCAACGGGCGCAUGCAAACCGACGUGAUGUUCGCCGCCCUCUUCGUGCUGGCGCUGCUGGCGCUGACCCUCUACGCCCUGGUCGAUCAUGGCUGCCGCGCGGCCGUGCCCUGGGCCCAGGAGCGGCCCUGA